AUGGACUAUUCAACUGAGAAAGAGGGAACGAAGCGCAGGAAGGUCAUGAGCACCGAGGUUUUCGAGACCCCCGAGCCGGAGGAGGCCUUCCAGCCCUACGCCCCAGCAAACGCGUCCGCCCGACAGGCUCGCGCUGGCGUCGGGGUCGGUCCCGAAAUCGAGGGACAUUUCCAUGACAAGAGCUCCAUGGAACUAGACGAACACGAGCUGCCGGCCACACAGGCCUUCGAAGUGUUCAUGGGCAAAGUUUACAAGCCCACUCUGCCCAAGCAAACGGAGUAUGAGUCUUCAGCCCACACAGGCAGCAACAAAGUGACGCUAGAGUCUCCACUAGCUCGUUUCACGCGGCUGUCACUGGAAUUAAAGGAGCUGGAGUCUGACCUGACGCUGUUGGCAGCUGACGCCGAGCACAAGAAGCACAAAGUGAUGGUGGACGCUGGUCAGGAGGCCGAAUUCAACGAAGUCAUGCAGGGUCUCACCACUCUGCAGCUCAACUUGUCGGCUCUAGAGAAGAACGCGGCCUUCCAACCGUUUCUGCACCCUGGCAGCAACGCUGUGGCGACAUCUAGUGCUGAUGCAGCGCUGAGUCUGCAGAAGGAUCUGACGGCCAAGUUCUUCCAGCAGAUCGACGCACUUAAGCGGCAGCAACAGGGUCAAACAGCGGCACCUUCGUCUUCGGACGGUGCACCGAUAGUGUACGAGAUUUACAGCAAUGGCGAGCUGAAUGCCGUCGACCGAGACGCUAAGACGCGUGUGGCGACACUUGAAGCGCGGAUUUCGACGCUGGAAAGAGCAAUUGGAAGCUUCCAGGGCCAGGAGCUGCGUCUGGACGGCUUGAGCUCGCUCAGUGGUGCGUCCAGCGCCGAUCUGACGUCGGCAGUGGCGCAAUUGGAGCAGCGUGUGGCGCUGAUGAGCGAGAAGAACCUGGAUGCCGUUAAGACGCGCACAACGGCCCUCGUUCACGAGUUUACGCUGCUGAGCAAGCUCAAGCAGUCGCCAGGUGUGCAGGGCGCGUUGAACUCCCAGGCUGACCGAGAACAGAUCCAGAAGAUUUACGACCAGCUCGGCAGUCUCGACGCUGUAGCAGCCUCGGUGCCAACAGUUGUGGACCGCCUCGUCACGCUGAAGUCGGUGCACGACGAGGCACAGAACGUGACAACUCGGGUGGAUAAAAUGGAGCAAACGCAGGCCUCGUUGGGCGAGCUUCUCGACUCCGAUGCUGCGCUACUUGCCAGUAUGGAGGCUAGCUUGGCUGAAAAUGCGCAGAUAUUCCAGUCCAACAUCGUGCAGCUCGAUGACCGCAUGGCUAAGCUGCUCGCCUCGUCUGGGGGCCGCUAG